AUGAAAGAAAGCAAUCUGUACCGCUUCAAAGAUAUAAAGCCUGUAGUUAGUGCUAAGGAACUUGUGGAUGUGGUAUUAUCAAAAACACAAAGGAAAACGCCCACAGAAAUUCAUAAAGGAUUUAAGAUAACAAGGAUUAGGAAUUUUUAUAUGAGGAAAGUUAAAAUAUGUCAAGAAUUAUUUCGAGAAAAAUUACAAAAUAUAAUAAAUGAUUUCCCUAAAUUAGAUGAUAUCCAUCCGUUUUAUUCGGAUUUAGCAAAUAUAUUAUAUGACAGAGAUCAUUAUAAAUUGUCAUUAGGGCAAUGUAGUUAUGUUAGCAAAUCAUUAAUAAGAAUAUGUCAUGAUUAUAUAAAACUUUUAAAAUUUAGUUCAUCUUUAUAUAAAUGUAAAAUGUUAAAAAUAAGUGCACUAGGUAGAAUGUGUAAAUUAGUUAAGAAAUUACAACCUAGUUUAUUAUAUUUAGAAGAGGUUCGACAAAAUUUAUCAAGAUUACCUUCUAUUAAUCCUCAUAAAAAAACAAUUAUAUUAUCAGGAGCACCAAAUGUAGGUAAAUCAUCUUUUAUGAAUAUUGUAUCAAGAGCCAAUGUAGAUGUUCAAUCCUAUUCUUUUACUACAAAAAAUUUAUAUGUAGGACAUUUUGAUCAUAAAUUAAACAAAUAUCAAAUUAUAGAUACUCCAGGUUUAUUAGAUAGAGCAUUCGAAAACAGAAACACUAUUGAGAUGACUACUAUUACAGCACUUGCUCAUAUUAACGGAGUUAUACUCUUUAUUAUAGAUAUAAGCGAACAAUGUGGAUUAACCAUAAAAGAGCAAAUUAAUUUAUUCUAUUCUAUUAAAUCAGUCUUUUCCAAUAAAUCUAUUGUUAUCGGAUUUAAUAAAAUCGACAAAUGCAAUAUGGACAGCUUAUCUAUUGAUAAUAAAUUAUUAAUAAAACAAAUUCUUGAUAAUGUGAAAAAUCCUAUUAAAUUCUCUUCAUUUAGUACACUUACAGGAGUUGGAGUAGAACAAGCCAAAAUAACUGCAUGUGAGUUGCUAAAAAAUGAUCAAGCUGAAUCUAUCCUAUUGGAUCAAGAACAAUUGCUAAACACCAAAUUGGGUGAAACAAAAAACCACCUGAACAGAACCCCAUUUAUACCUGAAUCGGUCAUACGAGAAAGGAAAUUACGCCAAGAAAAAGCUCAAUCCACAAACAACAUGUUCGAUUCAACAAACGCAGAUAGUAUUACGUCCCCAUGUGAUCCAACGAAUGCCACGGAAGGGGAUCCCAAUAAACAAUAUACCAUGAGAGAAUUAAAAUUAAAAAAGAAAAAUAAAAGCCGACAAAGUUAUUUAAGUAACAGAACAGAUGAUAAAGUAUUACAAAUUGAUCUUCAAAAUGAAAAUGGAGGAGCAGGUGUAUACUCUGUAGAUAUUAGAAAUAACUAUGAUAUUAAAGAAGAAUAUAAAUAUGAUGUAAUACCAGAAAUAUAUAACGGAAAAAAUAUUAGUGAUUUUAUAGAUAUGGAUAUAGAAAAAAAAUUAUUAGAAUUAGAAAAAGAAGAAGAAGAAUUAUAUGAUAAGGAUGCUAAUAUCGAUCCUUUAUGGUUUAAGACACAAAAAAUUCUAGAAAAAAUGAAAUUAAGAUUAAAGAGUGUUAGAUUAGAUGCAAAAUUAAAAGAUCAAAAUGUUCAAAUAUAUAAUAAGAGAAAAAAAAAUAUUGAAGAAAUAGAAAAGAAAUUACUAGACCUGAAAUUAGAUAAAGAAAAAGUUAUUAAAAGUAUGACUGAAAAAGCAAGAAACAAAAAUAAACAACCAGUAGUUAAAAAACAAAAAGUUAAAAAAGAUAUAUCGAAGAAAAAACAAAUUAAAGAUAAUAUAUAUAAUGAUGAAAAUAAAUUAUCCAAAAUAUUUUUAAGUACAUCAACAGAAUUACAAAGAAAGAAAGCAUAUAAAUUAAAUAAAAUGGCUUAUAAAAAAAUUACCAAAGGUACCAAAGGAGAGGCAGACAGAUCAAUACCGUCCUUAAAGCCACGUCACUUAUUUUCAGGAAAGCGUUCCAUAGGAAAAACAUCCCGUCGUUAA